AUGCUGGGUUCAUACUUUGGCGACACCGCCAGUUCUGCUGCUCCGAAGACCAAGGCUGGCACCCUCUCCUCGUCAGAAUAUUCCCUGCCGCCGAUACUCGAGAGUUUUCUCACGAAACCCUCCCCUGGCCGUUAUCCGUCCUCGUCCCCUUCCUCUUCCGCUGUUCUCAUUCCCUCUUCUGACUCCGGUAACCCUCCCAAUUCCGAAUCCCGGUUAUCCUCGGUGCGCCGUUUUUUCUCCUUCGGUCCAGCCUCCGCUGACUCCUACGAACCAGACAUCUUCCGGUCUCUUUCACGGCGUCAGCGACUAUUCUACUUCAUUAUCUCUCUCCUCUGUGCUUCUCUCCUCUUCUCCUUCUCUCUCAUUUUCAUUCCCCUGCUAGCAACCCCCUCGGGCAUGCGCAAGUUCGUCCUAAUGUAUGUGCUAGGCAAUGUUGCCCUCCUCUUCAGCCUGGCCUUUGCCUACGGACCCUGCACAUACAUCAAAAGUCUCCUCACUCCCCAGCGUUUCCCCUCCACUGUUGUCUACGGAUUCAGCCUCUUUCUGGGUCUCUAUGGUGUUCUGGUAUGGCGCAGUGCCGCAUGUGCUGCCCUGGCUCUCAUCACUCAGGUGGGGCUAGCUGUUUGGAAUUUGCGCCAGUUUCUCUACAGUGGUGGUCAGAUGUUGUCAUUUUUCAAUAAGGUCUCUUCAAUUCCCAUACCGGGCAUGAGGGAUUCUUCAUCCACCCUGCCAGUGUAG